AUGGCGGAAGAGGUCGCGCGUUCGCGGCAGUAUGCGUACCAGCAGAACUCCAACUUAGUGUUGCAGGCAGACAGCGAGUCGCGCCGACGACCCGACGAGCCGACGGGUGAGGUCGAGUCGCUGGCGGGUAAGAUCAGUUACCGCAUGGGCGACCGCGCGCAGAAGGCCACGCCGCAGAGCAGUCGCAAGCGCUACAAAGACGGGGAGACCGACGAGGCGUCGGGGGGGAAGAAAAGGCGGAAGAAACGACGCGACGACGCGGACGAUCGGGCGGGUCGCGGCGAUGGCGUGUUGUUUACCGCCACGGGCGGUCUCGCCACUGCCAAAAGUAAUAUUCUCAAAGAGAGUUCGGCCUUCGAGGCGGCGGCGUACCGACCGCGCAAUGCCGCGAGUCAGGACGCGUACGAGCAGAUACUGAGCGUUGUGGCGCAGCAGUUGGGCGCGCAGCCGGGCGAGAUCUUGGCCGGCGCGGCCGAAGAAGUGCUGGCGAUUCUCAAGACGGACGCGUACCGAGACGACGAGAAGCAUCGAGAGGUGCAAAAACUGCUAAAGAGCAUCUCGACGCAUACGUUUAGUCAGGUGGUAGCAGCUGGGAAGCAGAUUACGGACUUUUACGUGGACAGUGACGACAAGGCGGCGAAGAAGCAGAAGAAGGACGAGGAGCGACAAGACGCGACGCUGGUAGAGAGUGACGAAGAAGUGGACAAGGAGAUGGGCGUAGCGGUGGUCUUUGAUGACGAAGACGAGGAAGAAGAGUCGGAUCUGGAUGAAGUGAAGGACGAAGACGAGGAAGACGAAGGAGAUGAAGAAGAAGAGGAGCAGGACGCGACGGUUGCUGGACGUGCAGCUAUGAAGAUGAAGGACGGGUACGACGAGGAAGAGCAUGUUGACGCCAAGUACCGUCUAGACGUGCAUGCAAUCGACGCAUUUUGGCUUCAGCGUGAACUGUCGAAGUUUUACAAGGACGCAGAGAUCAGUGCCAAGCUCGCAGAAGAUGUGUUGAGCAUUCUGAAGGUAGCAGGUCGUGACCUUAGCGCUUGCGAAAACAAGCUCGUGUUGCUGCUAGAUUACGACAAGUUUGACUUCAUCAAAUUGUUGCUAGAGAACAGAGCAAAGGUACUGUACUGCACGAGGCUGAAACAGGCUCAGAACGACGAGGAGCGACGUCGUAUUGAAGACGGGAUGCGAGUCGACGAGACAUUGGAUGACGGCGAAGGGAACGCUAUCUUAGACCAGUUGCGCACAACGGCGUCAGCCGACUCAUGGAUGCAGGAUCGCAUUGGCGCUAGGGAAACCACGUCCCGUGCGGAGGCUAACAAACUGCGUAAAUUGCAACACAAGUCUAGUGGGCAGCGCACGCAGGCCCAUGACAAUGAGUCUGAUGACGAUGUCGAUAUGGAUGGCGUAAGCAGAGAUGUCGUGGAAGAGACAAAGAAAGGUGUACAGACCAAAAAGCCACAGCGAUAUGUGGACGUCGAGUCUCUUGCAUUUCAGGAAGGCGGGCACCUGAUGAGCAAUCGCGAGUGCCGCCUGCCUGAAGGCACGUGGCGUGCGCAGAAAAAGGGUUACGAAGAGGUCCACGUGCCUGCUGUUCGCACGAAGAUGGCUGUUGCCGAAGAAAAGGCGCGCAUAAAGAUCUCGACACUACCGGCGUGGGCACAGGGUGCUUUCAGUGGCAUGGAAUCGUUGAAUCGUGUGCAGUCGAAAAUGUUUUCGACAGCUUUCGAAACGAGUGAAAAUUUGUUGCUGUGUGCUCCGACAGGUGCGGGUAAGACGAACGUCGCAAUGCUGACCAUUCUGCAUGAGGUCAUGAAGGCUCGUGACCCCGAGACUGGCGAAAUUGAUUUGGAUUCGUUCAAAGUUGUCUACGUGGCUCCGAUGAAGGCGCUAGUGCAAGAAGUUGUGCUCAAUCUUUCCGCCAGAUUAUCUAGUGCCUACGGUAUUCAAGUGCGAGAGCUGUCCGGAGAUCAGAACCUGUCCCGCGAGCAGCUAUUCAAUACACAGAUCAUUGUCACGACACCCGAAAAGUGGGAUAUCAUCACGCGCAAGUCCGGGGAUGAUCGCACGUACACCCAGCUUGUGCGUCUAGUGAUCAUUGACGAAAUCCAUUUGCUGCAUGACACUCGUGGUCCAGUGUUGGAGGCUCUAGUUGCCCGUACGAUUCGGAAUGUGGAAGCCACACAGCAGAUGGUUCGGCUAGUUGGUCUCUCUGCUACACUUCCGAAUUACGAGGACGUAGCAGCGUUCCUGCGCGUCGAUCCCGCGCAAGGGUUAUUCUACUUCGAUUCCAGUUACCGUCCUGUGCCUCUUCAACAGCAGUACAUUGGUAUCAUGGAAAAGAAAGCAGUCAAGCGUUUCGCGUUGAUGAAUGAGAUUUGUUACGAAAAGGUGAUGGAGCAGGCAGAGCUGGACAACCAGGUCCUCAUAUUUGUGCAUUCGCGUAAAGAGACUACCUCAACAGCGCAGGCAUUGCGGGACUUGUUUUUGGAAAACGAUGCGCUUGCUCGACUAAUCAAACCGAAUUCUGCCUCUAGCGAGGUACUUUUGCAGGAAGCCGACAAAAUCGAGCACAACGAGACUUUGAAAGACCUCCUUCCGUACGGCUUUGGUACCCAUCACGCUGGUAUGAAGCGCCAAGAGCGCACGCUCGUGGAAAACACGUUUGCUGAUGGUCACUUAAAGGUGCUCGUCAGUACGUCGACGUUGGCGUGGGGCGUUAACUUGCCAGCGCAUACGGUGAUAAUAAAGGGCACUCAGAUUUACAACGCAGAGAAAGGUGAUUGGUGUGAACUAAGUUCACUGGACAUAUUGCAAAUGCUGGGCCGCGCUGGUCGUGUGCAGUUCGACACGCAAGGCGAGGGCAUCAUUAUUACACAGCACUCACAGCUGACCUACUACUUGUCGUUGAUGAAUCAGCAGCUGCCAGUGGAGUCGCAACUCAUGGGGAAGCUGGCUGACAACUUGAAUGCUGAAAUUGUGGUGGGCAGCGUGCAAAACGUGUCCCAGGCAGCGACGUGGCUAGGCUAUACGUAUUUAUUUAUCCGCAUGUUGCGCAACCCGACAUUGUACGGUGUCUCGAUUGCCGACCGCAACGAAGACCCGACACUGCUGCAGUAUCGCACGGAUUUGGUGCACUCGGCCGCGACGCUGUUGGCAAAACACAACCUGAUAAAGUACGAGCGGCGCUCGGGAUCGUUUCAAGUAACUGCGCUUGGUCGUGUGGCAAGCCAUUAUUACAUCGUUCACGACUCGAUCAGCACGUAUAAUGAGUAUUUGAAACCUCACAUGUCGGACAUCGAGAUCUUACGGCUGUUUUCCCUUUCGAAUGAGUUCAAGUAUGUUAUUGUCCGAUCCGAGGAAAAGCUGGAGCUGACGAAGCUUUUGGAACGUGUGCCUGUUCCAGUGAAAGAAUCCUUGAUGUCUACAGCUCCUGGAAGCGUUGCAGUGGGAAGUGGGUCGGCAAAAGUGAACGUUUUGCUGCAAGCUUAUAUUUCGCGAUUGAGGUUAGACGGUUUUGCGCUUUUAGCAGACAUGGCGCACAUCCAUCAAUCGGCAGCGCGUAUUUUCAGAGCGCUAUUUGAGAUUUGCUUAAACCGAGGUUGGGCCUCGCUUGCUGAGCGAAUGCUUAGUUUCUGCAAAAUGGUCGACAAGCGUAUGUGGCUCUCACACUCACCUCUUCGUCAAUUUGUUCCGGGACUGUCCGACACUAUUUUGAAGCGAAUUGAGAAGAAGGAUAUUUCGUGGGAAAAGUACAAUGACCUGGAACCCGCUGAUCUCGGCCAGCUCAUAAACAACCCACACUAUGGAAAACAGCUGUACAAGAUGAUUCAUCAGUUUCCAAAACUAGAGCUCUCGGCCCAUGUGCAGCCGAUCACUCGCUCAAUGCUGAAGGUAGAUUUGGUUGUGACGCCAGAUUUUGAAUUUACGCGGGAAGUGCACGGUAAUGCUGAGGGAUUUUGGGUGUUUGUACAUGAUGUCGACGGUGAAAACAUUCUCCACCACGAAUGGCUGUUGAUCAAGCGCCGCUUUGCCUCAUUAGAAACGUAUUUGAGUUUCACGAUGCCAUUGUUUGAGCCUUUGGCUCCUCUGUACUACAUCAAGGUGAUUUCCGACAAGUGGAUUCAUUGCGAAAGCUCACUGCCGGUGUCAUUCCACAAGCUUAUACUUCCGCAAAAGAACGUACCUCCAACCGAACUGCUCGACCUCCAGCCACUCUUUGUCAAUAACGUUCUCUUGAAGCUUGCAGGUGGCAAGAGGGAGAUUGCGGAGUCCAUUCUCGAGUCUCUGUCAAAUGCUGGUAAAGCAACGAACGCGUGGCGGUUCAAGCGCUUUAAUCCCAUUCAAACGCAGGUGUUGCCUCGCUUGCUCGAGUCCGAGAGUAACCUUUUCAUUGGCUCUCCACCCGGAAGUGGCAAGAGCGUUUUGGCAGAGCUCGCUAUUGUGAAAACACUGCUUUCUCUGGACCAGCCUGACCCUAAGAGCAACGAGUACGGUGAGCACUUGGUUGUGUAUUUGAGUCCGAAAGAAGCGAUUUGUCAUGAAAAGAACGACGACUGGCAAGCUAAAUUUGGCGAGGAUAGCUUUUGGCGGCAAAAGGUCGUCGAGCUCACCGGUGACUCGACCGCCGAUUUGCGCUUGCUCGCCAGCGCAAACAUCCUGAUAGCCACACCAACACAGUGGGACGUGCUCUCCCGGCGCUGGAAACAGCGCAAGCGCAUCCAAGCUAUCAGCUUGUUUCUUUUGGAUGAUACUCACUUCGUAGGGGGCGGCGAGUAUGGACCUACGAUUGAAAUCGUGAUGUCGCGUAUGCGGUUCAUUGCCGCCGACGUGGACAAGAAGAAGAAAGCAGCAGGUGAGAAGGGUAGACGAAUGCGUAUAUUGGCCCUGAGUAACUCUAUCGCAAACGCUCGCGAUGUCGGUGAGUGGCUCGGCGCCAGUGAAUCGGAUGGAAUUUUCAAUUUCCACCCGAAUGUUCGCCCGCAGCCGAUGGAAAUUCGAGUACAAGGCUUUGAAAUCACCGACUUUUCGUCCCGCAUGCUAGCAAUGGCCAAACCAUUGUACAAUACUGUCGCAAACCAAGCAGAAAAGAAGCCCGUUGUCGUGUUUGUACCGUCGGCCAAGCAGGCUCAGCUAACUGCGAUUGAUCUGAUCACCUUUUCUUUAUCUGAAAACGACCCGCAGAAGUUUGUGUCUCACUCAGCAAACGACAAGGUAAAGUUGCCGUUGGAUGAAGCUGCUUUGCUGCACACGAUGGAGAGCGGCGUUGGCUAUUGCACCGACACGAUGGCUCUGCGAAACCGCGAGUAUGUGUUGAACAGGUUUGCAACCGGCAAAGUUCAGGUGUUGGUUGUCCCGCAAUCAAUGGCAUGGGAACUGCGCAGUGCUCAGAUCAAUGCGUUUAUGGUAGUCAUCAUGGGUACGCAGUUUUACGACGGACGGGAACACCGGUAUGUGGAUUACCAGCUCGCAGACGUAUUCCGUAUGACCAAGUUUGCCAACCACGUUGCUUCUUCCGCGGUCAAGUGUGUUCUUUUCUGCCACGCUUCGAAGAAGAAGUUUUAUGCAAAGUUCCUGUACGACCCUCUGCCAGUGGAAUCGCAGCUUGAACAUUUUCUCAGCGACCACAUCAAUGCUGAGAUUGUGACGAAGAGCAUUGAGAGCAAGCAAGAUGCGGUGGAUUACCUCACGUGGACCUUCAUGUAUCGUCGGUUCAUGAAGAACCCCAAUUACUACAAUUUACAGGGCGCUACAAACGUGCACUUAUCCGACCAUUUGUCCGAGCUUGUGGAGACGACUGUCAACGCAUUGGAAGAGUCUCGCUGUAUCCAGGUUGUCGAGGAAGAGGGGGAUGACGAAAAUGAAGGCGAGGAACGUCUGUUGCCUCUGAAUCUUGGGAUGAUCGCAGCGUAUUACUACAUCAAGUACGUCACGAUUGAGCUAUUCGCAUGCAGCCUGAAGGCAGAUUCGAAAGUGCGUGCACUUUUGACCAUUCUGUCAUCUGCUGCUGAGUUCAGCGACCUGCCAAGUCGAUUUGGCGAAGACAAGAAGCUAGAGAGUUUAGCCAAGCAUCUCAAGUUUCCUGUGGCAGCUGGAGGAGACUACGGCCAGGCUCACGUGAAAACGAACGUGCUACUACAGGUUCACUUUAGUAAGCAACACGACCGCCUCAGCCCGGCGUUGCGCCGGGAUCUGGACUUUAUUCUACGUCACGCUGUGCGUCUUUUGCAUGCUAUGGUGGACGUGAUCAGUUCGAACGGGUGGCUCAAACCCGCGCUGGCGGCCAUGGAUCUUGCACAGAUGGUCGUGCAAGCACAAUGGAGCAGCGACUCGCCGUUGCUUCAGAUUCCGUUUUUCAACCAGGAAACGCUUGAGAAACUGGGCGAAAUGGACCUGAAAGAAGAGAUUGAGACGCCUGUGGAUAUAUUGAGUAUGGAAGAUGAUGCACGCAUGAAGCUUUUGCCUCUGGAUGCGCAGAAGAUGUCGGCGGUUGCAAAGUUCUGCAACGCUUUUCCGGAUGUGACAGUGCAAACAACGAUCCAGCGGGAUGGCAAAGAUUUGCCGCAGGGAUCUGUUGUGAGUGUUAAGGUGCAGCUCGAGCGGGAAGGAGUCGACGAAGAGGACGAGGACGAGGAGGAACGGGACGAGUCCAAGGAGUUAGGUCUUGUAAACGCGUGUCAUUACCCUGUGAAGAAAGCUGAGAACUGGUGGGUGGUCCUGGGUGAUUCGUCGAAGAACACGCUAUUGAGCAUCAAACGCGUACCUUUUGCAAGCGCGCGGGCAAGCGUGGCAUUGCAGUUUACUGCCCCGGACGAGGUCGGUGCCCACACUUUUCAGCUAUACGUGAUCUGCGAUGGCUACGCUGGUUGCGAUCUGGAGAACGAGAUGAAGAUCACGGUCGUCCAGAGCGAGGACACCGACGAAGAAGAGGUAGAAGAGGACGAUAAAGACGAGUAG